UCGGAACCACUAACCCCGUUGUGCACUAUCACCAUGGUUGAGACCGGUACUGGGAAGAGCACUAGCCCCUAUACCCAGGAACAGCAAGAGAAGAUGGCCGCCCUAGUGAGAGAAAAGAGCUCCUGAAGCAGGAGAAGCUGAAAGCUAUCGCAGAGGAGCAGGCAGCGAAGAUGAAGAAGUUGGAGGAGGAGAUGGAGGAGAAGAAAAAGGCUGCCGAGGAAGAAGCAGCAGCAGAGGCAGAAGAGGAGAGAAAACGCAGGGAGGUAAAAGGGGAAAGUAGUGGUAUGGCAAAUGAGGAUGCAGCCAUGGAGAAAAAAAUCAGUGAGUGGAUUGCUAAUUUAUCGUUCGGGGAAGAUGAGGAGGCAGAGUUCUAUGUGCCACAGGACGAGAGGGAUGCAUUAGCCAGUGAGCUAGCAGCAAUCGAGGACCCCCUGGAAAGGCAAGAAGUAAAGGAGGAGGAGAAGUUCGAAUGGAAACUGAGGAUGAAUGCAAUCAAAAGAGAACAGGAGUCGGAGAAGGAGAGGAAGGAGACCCUGCUGAGAAGGCAAGUGGCCCUCCUAGAGAUUGUCCCCUCACUGACUGAAGUGCAGUGUGGGGAACAGUUGCAGUCCAUACUUACAGCCUUUGUUCAGGUCUGGAAUCUUGAGGACCAUACCACUCAGAUCGCUGAAGUCUUUGCAAAGUUGCAGACUCUUCAAGAUGAUCUGACUGAUAUGACCCGCAAGUACCAUGACUUGACAAAGGAGGUGGCUGACCUGCGACAAGCCCAAGUGGCCAACCCUCUUCCUCUACCUCCUGGAUUUGAAGCUGCAAUCGAAACAACCUCUGCCCCUCUUACUGUAUUUUUUUCUACCUCCUCUUCAAGUGUGAUGGCAACCCCCUCGGGACCUGCAGCAGGUGCAGAUUCCACUAUCGCUGUAACAAGCAAUGAGGCUGGAACUUCUGCAACUACUGCAGCCCCAAGGCCGGAGCCAGCUGCUGCUGGUCCCAGCUACGCCAGUCCUUACGUGGACCGGAAGGCGGUACAAAUGUCGUCCAAGUACGACAGCAAGGAAGACAUCGAGUCCUGGAUCGGCUCCAUGAGGGCCUACUUUGAUAUUCUGGGAACUCAACCUGAGAGCCAGGCGGUGAUCAUGGGAAUGAAUGUCGAGCCAGUCGUACGGGGCUUCCUAGAAGUCCAAGCGACACGGGCUAGGUUCCCAAAGGCUGCACUAGCCAAAUGGCUAAGGACCACCCCGGUUGCCUCCCUCGAAGAUCUCCUUAUCUCACAAUACCAAGACCCACAUGUUGCUGCUAAAGCAAGGAUUCAACUUGACAAAGUAAAGCACAGCAAGUGGAAUGGCUCCAUGAAAAGCCUGCAGAACUAUCUAAGCAAGACUCCCAAUGCGAAUGGACCAAGUGGAAGGAAUCACUCUUCAUGGUCAAAGAUGCUCAAGGGAACGAGCUUCCUGUCCUCUUGGAUGAGAAGCACGAAAUCCCCAGUGACCUUUCUAAAUGCUAUGCAGUUCUGCAAGAAAUGGCGCAAGCGCAAGAAGGAAGAACAGUUGUAUGUUGCCUUUGUUCGUCCUGCUCAUGUGCCUUCUCCUUUUGCGGCUAGUACCACUACUACUUUGAUUAAUGAUCCUACUUCUAGUACUUCUACUGCUAGCACCUCUACCUCUCUACCCUCUAAUAGUCCAAAUGAUCCUACUUUAGAUUCGGUCGUCUCUAUACGCGACUUGCGACCGGACUUUGGUUACCCCUUUGCUGAUUCCCCACCCCCACCUGUCCCAUCAGACAUCCAAGCCCUCCUCGAUCGGUUUCCGGAAGUCUUGGCCGAACCACGUGGAGUCCCCACGCGACCGGUUCGACACACCAUCGAGUUGGUCGAGGGUGCGGUUCCUCCAAAGGGCUGCGUGUACCGUAUGGGACCCGGCGAGUUGGAGGAACUCCGGCAACAGAUCGAUGAGAUGAUUGACAAAGGUUGGAUCAAACCAAGUGAAUCUGAAUUUGGUGCUCCCGUGUUGUUUGUGCCAAAGAAAGGAGGCAAAAUCCGCAUGUGUAUUGACUAUCGCGGUCUAAACCGCAUCACAAGAAAGAAUGCUUACCCAUUGCCCCGUAUAGAUAACUUGCUUGAUGUCGCAGGCGGGUGCAAGGUCGUCUCCAAGAUCGAUCUCAAGUCUGGCUACCACCAGAUUGAAGUCGAUCCUGCGGACCAGCACAAGACUGCGUUCAAAACGCGCGACGGGCUUUAUGAGUUCACCGUAAUGCCCUUCGGUCUUACGAACGCACCAGCCACGUUCCAAAGCCUUAUGGACAAGGUCCUCCGCAAACAGAUUGGCCGGUUUGUGGUAGUGUACCUGGAUGAUAUUCUGAUCUUCAGCAAGUCCAUGGAGGAACACCUCAAGCAUCUUGAGGAGGUGCUCGCUAUCCUCAAGAAGAUGCAGCUCCAUCUCAACUUGGAGAAAUCUGAGUUUGGGAAGGAUAGCGUCAUCUAUCUUGGGCACCGGUUGUUUGCUGCAGGCCUAGAGCCUGAGGCAACCAAGAUUGAGGCUGCGGCACUGACUGUUGUUGGGGCUGUGUACCCUGUGGUGCAGGCUGCUGCACUGACUGUUGUUGGGGCUGUGUACCCUGCGGCGGUGCAGGCUGCGAGACAAGAGGCUGCCCGCUUACGGCAACCUGAGACGGAGGUUGGGAAAACAUUGUCUGUACAGGAACCUGCAAACUAGGACCUGCUGAGAACCCUCCUGCUAACGACAUACCCAGGGAAACGGUCUGGACUGAUGCUGGAGCUGUAUAUGGGGAUACCCCAGU